UAGGUUUCAAUAAUGACGUAGAGUCGUUACCUAUAGUUAUUAUAGAUAAAGUGUUUAUUAAAGUAACCGUCAAUAUUAUAACAUUAAUAUUAUUUAAAAGUGCGUAAAUUUAACUAUAGACAACUUUUGUCCGUAACAUGAACCUUUAAAACAAAAUUUAUUGUAUUUAAUACAGUUUUAAUCAUUCUUUUGAUGUCCCGUCCCACGUAAAAUAAUCUCUUUUCAUAUUUUAUAAUAAUAUGAGAAUUUGGAAAAUGUUCAAGUCUGGUAAAUAUUCUGCGCCGAAUACUGCAAGUUUCAUUGAAAUAUCAGCGCUUUUGUUACCGCUACGUUUUUGGGAUUAAUUUUCAGUUAAAAUAAUAUUAAAUUUUCGAUUCCUUUUAAAUUUCAUCCGCUUUAUUCUUAUUUCAGCUUACGGAAUAAUCAAUAUGGAAUAUUGUAAUGAAGCUUUUCCGAAUGAAAACAGGACCAAUAAUGUUAAAAAAUUAAAUGGCAGUAUUAUGGAUAGACUUGAAAAUAAUUGUGUAACUCAUGAUUGUAAUAAUACUGAAAACAAAGAAGUAUGUGGUAUACGACAAGACGGGCCGGGAUAUAGAAUAAGAUUAUUUCGCAAUAAAUGUGAACUAUACGAAGUAAAUUGUAAAGAACGCACAGAUUUCUUUCUAACAGAUUUAUUUAUUUGUAAGUCAGCACUAAAUUAUAGUGAAACCACUCAUGUACAAGAAUUAAAUUAUAUUAAUAGAAACAUCAAAGAUCAAAUUAAUGGUAUAAGAAAUUUGGUUAUUAUAAAUGGCGCAAUGCUUGGGAAAAAUACUGAUAUUAAUGAUACGAUUGAUAAUUUCUUUGCCGCGACUCAUGUUUUCGAUUUACCGAUGAAAGAAAUGAAUCCUCUCAACACAAGGCGUAGGUUGAUAAAGAACGCUGGGCCAAUCAAGAUAUUUGUACCUUUGAUUGAUAUACCCAAAGAAAAGAAAAAUGAUACUUAUCACCAGCCUACGCUAUCGUCAUGCUACCACAAGUGCCCAACGAAAUUUCCGGACACUUAUGCCCCAGUUUGUGGUGUUCCCGGAAUAGUGGCCCGGGAACCGGCUUUAAUGUUCAAAAACCAUUGUUUUAUGGACGUAGCUCAAUGUAAGAUGUUUUGGGAAAAUAAGAGCAGUACUUCACAUAGCUCGUCUUACAUAGAAUCUUCGUUCCUUUUUUGUAUGGGAGAUGAGAUGAAUGCUCUGUACAGGUUUCUACCAGCAAUAAGAACACUUCAGAGGAUGGGGCGCUUGAAGAAAAAGGGGAAAUUCAGGGCCAAGUUGAAGAACUUCAGGUUUAUUAACGAGUUUCGAUCUGGACGUCCCAACUUUAUGGGAUAACCUACAUAAGAGUUAUUUUAAUACCAUAUUAAUAUACAGAAAAGAGAAAUAUUUGAUUACUAGAUUUCCGCCCGCGGCUUCGCCCGCGUUUGCAAAGGAAAACUCGCAUAGU